AUGCCUAAAGACAGUUCAAAAUCUUCAUCCAGCGGAUCACUAAGUCGAUACAAUGCCUAUCCGUGUCGUAUCUGUAAACGUCCUCAUCCACUCCGAACUUGCAGGAAAUUUCUCGCUAUGUCCAUCUCCGAUCGUCUUCGUGCAGUCCGUGUCAAUAAAUAUUGCGUUAAUUGUUUGGCACAUGACCACUCUCAAGGCAGAUGUUUCUCCAAACAUGGGUGCAAACACUGUCGUAAAUUUCAUCACACUCUUCUGCACGUAAACCCUAGACUAGUAAAAGACCUUUUGCCCUCCCGAUCUCGAUCUCGUUCAAAGACACCAAACCCAGAGCCAUCCAACUCCUCAAGCAGAAAAGAGUCGUUGUCCCUUAACUCCGAAAAUGGACCAUCCACUUCAAAGUCUGCGACCUUAACGGCAAUCAUCCGUCAAAACACUUUGAUACUUCUUCCUACGAUUUUGGCAAAAAUUGGAUCAACAACAUCACACGCUCGUUGCCUAUUAGAUUCUGGGUCACCAAUUAGUCGUGUUUCCAAAAGGUUGGUCGACAAAUUAGAGCUAACAGCGUACUCACUGCAAGGUGAAACUAUUUGUCCAAUAACUUUGAAAUCGAGAUACGAUUCCAAUUCGAAAAUUGAAGGCACUUUCCGCGUGGAUAACCGAAUAACGACACAUACUCCUACACAAUCCUUGCCCGAGUCUUAUAAAAAGAACUUUCGCGACUUAUUCCUGGCAGAUUCGAAGUUCUAUGAAUCUGCCUCCAUUGACAUUAUCAUUGGGGUAGAUAUCUAUCCAAAGGUUAUAUGUCAGGGAGUUUUUUCCAGAGUAGGGUUUCCAACUGCUCAGAGUACAAUUUUUGGAUGGACGAUUUACGGCCCAUGUUCCUUAUAA